AGAGAUGGGUCGAGGCGGAGGUAACCGAAGGCAACAAGCACGGGCGGUAAUUGACCGAGAUUUUGGGAAUGCUAACACUGGAAACUUUUCCUUUGAACGUAAGCCCAUAACCAAGUUCAACUGCUUCAAACAUUUCUCGUCUUCUCAUUUCAUGUCGGGAAUGUGGUCACAAGCGCCGGUAUCAAGUGGAAUGUGGAUUCGAAGCCUUCCGGCCGCAAUGGACGAAAAGUGUGUGGAACAGGUGUGCGAACUGUUGAAACAGGCCGUACAACAAGAAGUACAGCAACAACAACAACAACAACAACAACAACAACAACAACAGGAAAUGCAACUCAAAAGCAUUUCCGGUCUUAGCAUCGAAGAGCUUUACAGGAACGCCUAUACAAUGAUGCUGCACAGAUUUGGACAACAAUUAUAUAUGGGA